GGCGCCGCGAAGGACGGCCUCUCUCUCUCUCUCUCCCUCUCCCUCCUCCUCCCCGCGAAGGCCUGCCCGCCCGCCUGCUUCCCUUCCUUCUCCGGCCCUGAGGAGAUGCGUGUGGUUGCUUCCUGGAGGCCCAGGGCCGGACGGGAGGGAGGACCCCAGGGCCACUGAGCCCCGAAAAUGGCCGGCGAGCCCCAGAGGAAGCAGCAGCAGCAGCGGCACUUGUCGGCCUUGGUGGGGCACACCAACGGGCUCACCAAGCCCGCCUCCCUGGCCGGGGGCCGCAGCGGCGCCGCCACCUCCAAGAAGCUGGUCAUCAAAAACUUCCGAGAGCGACCCACUUUGCCUGAUAAUUAUACUCGAGAAACAUGGCAGAAACUUCAUGAAGCAGUCAGAGCAAUUCAGACUAGCACAUCUAUUAAAUAUAAUCUUGAAGAGCUUUACCAAGCCGUUGAAAAUGUCUGUUCUUACAAAGCAUCGCCUACACUGUACCGACAGUUAAGACAAGUUUGUGAGGAUCAUGUGAAAGCACAAAUACUUCUAUUUAGGGAAGAUUCUCUUGAUAGUGUUCUGUCCUUAAAGAAAAUAAACAAAUGCUGGCAAGAUCACUGCAGGCAAAUGAUCAUGAUUAGAAGUAUUUUUCUAUUUUUGGAUCGUACUUAUGUCCUUCAGAAUUCAAUGCUACCUUCUAUAUGGGAUAUGGGGCUAGAACUUUUCAGAUCCCAUAUUAUUAGUGAUAAACUAGUACAAACUAAAACUAUUGAUGGAAUUUUAUUGUUGAUUGAACGAGAACGGAAUGGUGAAGCUGUAGAUAGAAGCUUAUUACGAAGUCUGUUGAGUAUGCUGUCUGAUUUACAAGUUUACAAAGACUCAUUUGAGCCAAGGUUUUUAGAAGAUACAAACCGACUAUAUACUGCAGAAGGCCAAAGGUUGAUGCAAGAAAGAGAGAUACCAGAAUAUCUCCACCACGUUAACAAACGUUUGGAAGAAGAAGCAGAUAGGGUAGUAACAUAUUUAGACCAUAGCACACAGAAGCCACUAAUUGCUUGUGUGGAAAGGCAGCUGUUGGGAGAACAUUUAACAGCUAUUUUGCAAAAAGGACUUGAUAAUCUGCUUGAUGAAAACAGAAUAGCAGAUCUGACCCAGAUGUGCCAGCUUUUCAGCCGUGUAAAAGGUGGGCAACAGCUCCUACUACAGUACUGGAGUGAAUACAUCAAGAACUUUGGGACAACAAUAGUGGUAAAUCCUGAAAAAGACAAGGAUAUGGUGCAAGAGCUGCUAGAUUUUAAGGACAAAGUGGAUCAUAUCAUAGAAGUGUGUUUUCAGAAAAAUGAGAAAUGUAUAAACUUGAUGAAGGAAUCUUUUGAAACAUUUAUCAACAAGAGACCAAAUAAACCAGCAGAACUGAUAGCAAAGUAUGUGGAUUCAAAACUGAGAGCAGGCAAUAAAGAGGCAACCGAUGAAGAACUGGAAAGAAUCCUUGACAAAAUAAUGAUAAUAUUUAGAUUUAUCCAUGGUAAAGAUGUAUUUGAAGCAUUUUAUAAAAAAGACUUGGCCAAAAGGCUUCUGGUUGGAAAAAGUGCUUCAGUAGAUGCUGAGAAAUCUAUGUUAUCUAAGCUUAAGCAUGAAUGUGGAGCUGCUUUCACCAGUAAACUUGAAGGAAUGUUUAAGGAUAUGGAACUCUCCAAAGAUAUUAUGAUUCAGUUUAAACAGUAUAUGCAGAAUCAGAGUGACCCAGGCAAUAUAGACUUAACAGUAAAUAUACUUACUAUGGGAUACUGGCCAACUUAUACCCCCAUGGAUGUCCUUUUGCCUCCAGAGAUGGUUAAACUGCAAGAAGUAUUUAAAACCUUUUAUCUUGGAAAGCACAGUGGUCGAAAGCUACAGUGGCAGACAAGUUUAGGACAUGCUGUCCUGAAAGCAGAAUUUAAAGAGGGAAAAAAGGAGUUUCAGGUGUCACUUUUUCAAACAUUGGUGUUUCUGAUGUUCAAUGAUGGAGAUGAGUUCAGUUUUGAAGAAAUUAAAAUGGCCACUGGUAUAGAGGAAAGUGAAUUGAAAAGAACCUUACAGUCUCUGGCUUGUGGUAAAGCGAGAGUGUUGAAUAAAAGUCCAAGAGGCAAGGAUGUUGAAGACGGGGACAAAUUCACCUUUAAUGCUGAUUUCAAGCAUAAAUUGUUCAGAAUAAAGAUCAAUCAAAUCCAGAUGAAGGAAACAGUUGAGGAACAAGUUAGCACAACUGAAAGAGUUUUUCAAGACAGACAGUAUCAGAUUGAUGCUGCCAUCGUUCGUAUAAUGAAAAUGAGGAAAACCCUUGGGCACAAUCUUCUUGUUUCAGAGUUAUAUAAUCAACUAAAAUUUCCAGUGAAGCCUGGAGAUUUGAAAAAGCGGAUUGAAUCUCUCAUAGACAGAGAAUAUAUGGAGAGAGACAAAGAUAACCCUAAUCAGUAUCACUAUGUUGCAUGAUAAGGAAGAAACAUUUUUAAUGAAACAAAUGGAUACUAGCUUCCCAACAAUGGAUACUUGAGAUAUUCCCAAACCUUUAUUUUAGGAGAUUUGGGAAUUGUGAUAGUCAAUCAGCUGCAUGCACUGCUGAUACUUGAAACAUCCUUGCAUAGACUACAUUGUGUUUUCUAAAGACAUGUUUAUUUUUAGCUUCUUGAUUUCUUUGGGAAUUCUGUUCAAACAUUAUUUUGAGUGAAUGAUAACAAUCCUUUCUGAUGUCAUUCUUUGGCCUAAAGAAGUUAGGAUAAUUGUGUGCCUGACUGAGCAUCAUAAAAGUUCUUUGUGCUGUAUUCUUGAGCUUCAAAGAUGAUAUGGAUGUCUUUUUUAAACUCAGUGGAAGAACAAUCAGUGGUUUCAGAGUACACUGAAUUUCAACUAUGCACAAUGAAUUCUAGUAUUUCUAUUUGAUUUUUUAUUUCACAUCUUUCUAAACGUUACCUUUGUUUAGAUAGAUCCAAGUGCCAAGAGGAUGACUGCAUAUAAACAACUGUAGUUGAAUUUUGAAAAUACUUAUUGGUGAUGCUUUUUUCUUCUUCUUGGCCCCAUGAGAGUAAAUUAAAUAAGCACUUUCUUACUUCAGGAUACUUGUUUAUAAGCAUCCAGUAAAACAACAAACUGUUCUAGUUUUAUUCUAAGACUUGCACACAGACUAAUUACACUGGCAUGUUCUUGGAACAUGAAAAAAAGUAUUUUUAAGGUAAGAUCAUAGGCGACAAUCCAGUCAUUCUCCAAAUACCUCAUAUUUGCAGCAACAUAGUGCAGAGAAGAACUGGAUUGUCCCCAUGAUUUUUGUUUUGACAGACUUUGAAUAUACUGUUAAUGUAGAAUUUGAUCGAAUUUUGGAGAAAGAAAUCUAUGGAAACUGAUACUUGUUAACUGCUGGUUUUACAGGAUAUACAAAAUGGUAUAUGUUUAAAAGAAACCAAAGGGAGGGGGGAGAUUGUCCUUUGUGUCAUUUAAUGUUAGUAAUACUUUUUAUUAAAAUGCGUUGCAUAAAAUUAGUCACUUGGUUAAUUAUAUAAAGAAGUUCCCUUGUAAUAUUUUGACUUCAAAUUAAAGUACCUCCAUUAACUGUCA